AUGGUCAACAUUCCUCUCGUCCUCUCCGCCUCUGCGGCCGGCUGCUCCGCCACGAACUUGUUCGUCACCUCCUACGGCGGCACUCUGACUACUGUCAGCCUCGACAACGCCGAGGAUGGUUCUUACUCGCUCAACACGGCUUAUUCGAGCACUGGCUGCGGCUCCAGUCCGUCCUGGCUGACUUUGGAUUCGGAGCGCGGCAUUCUCUACUGCCUGGACGAGGGUCUCACUAGCACCAAUGGCACCAUCAACUCCCUGCUGGUUGGCGAAGAUGGUGGGCUCACCCUCGUGAGCUCCCAGCAGGCAAUCUCCGGCCCCGUCAGCAGUGUUCUCUACGGCAGCGCCAGCGCGCGUCAUCUCGCCGUAGCUCACUAUUCUGGCAGUGCUGUCUCCACUUGGGGGGCUCCGAAGAAUGCCUCCCUCAUUCCUGGAGAGAGGUUCCCUUUCACUCUGGACGAGCCUGGCGCCGUUCCUGAUCGCCAGGAUGCGCCGCAUGAGCAUGAGGCUAUUUUGGACCCGACUGGAAAAUUCAUCAUUGUUCCGGACCUUGGCGCCGAUUUGGUGCGCGUCUUCAGCUAUGACAGUGCCGGCGCUCUGACAGAGGAGAAGUCUCUCGAGACUGAGGCCGGCCUCGGCCCGCGCCACGCUGCUUUCUGGACGGGCAACUCGUACCACGGCAACUCCACUUUCUUCUACCUGGUUGGCGAGCUCGACAACUCUUUGACCACCUACAGCGUCGCCUACCCUCCUGCAGGCGGCAUCUCCUUUACGGAAGUUUCCAAGACGACCACUUUCGGUGAUGCUCCGGAACCGGAGGGAGCGGCUGCCGCUGAGAUCGAGGUUUCGCCCGAUAACAAAUUCUUGGUCGUCUCGAACCGCAACGACUCGUCGUUCGAGAUCUCGAGCGCUUACAAUGGUACCAAGCAGUACUCGGACUCCUUGUCCACCUUCUCAAUCCAGCCUAACGGCUCGCUCGUGUUUGAGCACCUUGCCCCGGCCGGUGGCUCUUUCCCCCGUCACUUCUCGCUCAACGGCGACGGAGAUUUGAUUGCGGUGGCGCUGCAGUAUGACAGCAAGCUGGUGAUCAAGAAGCGCGACCUUCAGACCGGUGUCAUCGGAGACGAGAUCGCCACCAUCUCGAUCCCUGGCAAUUUGACUGCCGUGGUCUGGGAUGAGUGUUAA